AGUUGUGAGUACAGAGAGUUCACUUUCUCCAAACCCAGGGCAACAGCGGAAUGCUGGCGGCAGAGGCUGGUGAACUUGGAAGUUUAUUUAUCUUGUAGACAGAUCUGGGCCGAGAGAUCUUGUAGAGAGAUAGUGCGGGAUCGAUCAGGGACAAAGCCCUUGUCCCCAGGAGUGUGACAGGGAAAAUGAAGGGCCAAGAGCUUGGCUCACACAGGAGACUGGACGAGACUGAAAGUACCCAAAGGUGGAGCAGCCCUACGAUUUGGCCAAGCACUGGGACACAUCUUGUUCAGGAAGUGAAAAACCUCCGGAGGUCCCAAUCCAAGAGUAGAAGCUUGGGUGGUCUGUGGGCAAGCCAAACAGAGUCAUUUCCCCUUUCCCAGAAACCAAGGAAAGGAGAACAUCAUCACCCCCACCAUGCAAGCUCUGCUGCCGAGUGUUGGGACCGGGCCACUGAGGGCUUUUUCUCAUCUCUCAUCACCGAUAUGUUACAAAGCGGCUUCACUAAAUGCGUGGAGUUAGGAACCAGAAGAAGCUCCCUUCCAAAUCCAAAGGAGGCGUGGACAGAGAAAAAUCUUGAGGCCACAGCACCAAUAGAGACUCAGGGAAAAGGGAGGACAGUGACCUUACCUAAUCAGGGCAAUAAUCAAGCAGAAAAACCUCAAAACCCACGAGGUCAGGGCUAUCAGGACUUGUGGAAGGACUUAACCUUAAACUAUGGCAUUGCAUCACCAAGGAGAGGCCUACAAAUGGUGUCCCUAUACCCCAAACUAACUGAUAAUCUUGAAGGGCAUGUCCUGGAGGGAAGAAAGAUCCACCUGAGAUCAAGGCCACCAGUGCAGGAAAUGCUGUCCUCGUGGAGUUUGGAGGGGAGCCAGGAGGAGGAAGUACAGGCACCAAAGAGGGAGAAAGCAAAGGGUAAGAGAGCUAAGGAAAGGGAGGCUCAGUACCAGUUCUCGAGAGAAAAGGCUUUCCUCCAGAAAAAACUGAGGGAACUGGGCCCAGUGCCUGGGGGAGGAGCAAGUCUGCCGGACAAGAAAAAGGCCCAGGCCUUAGAGCUGUCCGCCAAAGACAACUGUCUGAAGUCAGAGCCCAGAGUGCCCAGAGGAAACGUACAGACACUUGCUCAGGAUGAGAGCGCUAAGGAGACCACAAGAAAACAGUCAAAGACGGAGAAAAGAAAGCUGAGGACAAGGUGGUGGGAUCCCACACUCUGGGGCGACCCAGUCACACUGACCAAGCGUGAACAAUCUCCUCACAAGACCUGUUCAAGAUUCCACAGUGACCCGUGGAAGCCGAGCUUUCCCAUAGGCAGACUGAGUUAUAAAAACGGCCUUUUUGUGCCUCGAGAAGAUUAAAGGUUCUCAUUAAGGCCCCGGGGCUGUGGUUUCUGGCCAGAGCAAUAGUCUGCUGAAAUCCAAAGUUUUACUAGACUCCUCCUGCAGGGCACCCUCCUGUGUCUCCUGGCUGGCCCUUCUGAGACUGUGUCCAUCAUCCCUGUCAUCCUUCUAAGGAUUUCCUGGAACAUCAUGCUAGAGUGAUAGAUUGGACACGCUGAUUUCGUAGCAAAUCGUGGGCAUGGAGACUUGAUGACAUAGUUUUCUGUAUGGACCUAGUACUCGACCAAAGAGCUUUUGGUGCAAUCUUCUUGUAUCCCGGGCCUGAAAUUUGGAAGCUUAAUAAAUCAUUCUGACA